AUGUCGGUCAAAGUAGUAAUAACAGCGGUUUCCGUUAUUCUUUUGGUGGGAGUCGUCGCUGGCUUUUUUGCCGUAAUUCAACAUCGAAAACACAGUGGUGGUACCGAAUUGUCUCUGCAAAUGAAGGCUGUUUCUAAUUUUUGUUCAGCUACAAGUUACAAAGAAGCUUGCCAAAAGUCCCUCAACUCUGUUAAUAGCACUGAUCCUGAACAAUUUAUCGGUCGGUCGAUUUUAGUGGCUGAAGAAGCUGUUAAGAAGUUCUUUAAUUAUUCCGACUCGUUGAUUGUUAAGGUCAAGAAUAAUAGCAGGACUAAGAUGGCUUUGGAUGAUUGUAAGGACAUGAUGAGCUAUGCGGUUCAAUCCCUUCAAGCAUCGUACUCCGAGGUGGGUAAUGCUCAAUUGCACAGCAUUUCUGACCGUGUAUCGGAUCUCAGGACCUGGUUAAGUGCUGUUAUAUCGUACCAAGAGUCUUGCUUGGAUGGUUUCGAAAGUGAUGAACGCAUGAAAGAAAACAUGACAAUCGGCAUUACUGAUGCUAGAGAACUCACUUCCAAUGCUUUGGCAAUUGUGUCCAAGUUAUCGGAAAUUCUUUCAAAAUUUGGUCUCCAACUUAAGGCUCCUAAGACAUCCCGUAGACUUCUUUCCACAGGGAAAGAUAAGUAUCCAUCAUGGUUCUCGAAUGUAGACCGUAAGCUUUUGGCUAAAAUUGAUAAUAGUAACAUAAAACCAAAUGCUAUUGUGGCUAUGGAUGGAAGUGGCCAUUUCAAGACCAUUGCUGAAGCCCUAGCUGCAGCUCCCAAGCAAUCCAAUGUCCGUCAUGUGAUCUAUGUUAAGGCUGGAGUCUAUAAAGAAUACAUCACCGUGGACAAAAAAACCAUUAACAUCCUUAUGUAUGGUGAUGGCCCAAGAAAGACUAUAGUCACUGGUAAUAAGAAUUAUGUCGACGGCACACCAACAUGGAAAACUUCUACUUUUUCUGCUAUUGGAGAUGGAUUCAUUUGUAGAUCUAUGGGGUUCCAAAACACUGCUGGUCCUUCGAAGCAUCAGGCUGUGGCUCUUCGUAUUCAAUCUGAUAGAUCAGCGUUCUUUGAUUGCCGAAUGGAUGGCAAUCAAGACACAUUGUACAAUCAUGCAAAUCGUCAGUUUUUUCGCAACUGUGUCAUUUCUGGAACCAUUGACUUCAUCUUUGGUGACUCCCCUACUCUUAUCCAAAACACAUUGAUAAUUGCAAGGAGACCAAUGGAUAAUCAACUUAACACAGUGACCGCACAGGGCAAGACCGAUGCUAAUGAGAACACCGGUAUUGUAAUCCAAAAUUGCAGGAUUGUCCCUGAGCAAAUACUCUUUCCCGAUAGGUUCAAGAUUGCAACAUACUUAGGCAGGCCAUGGAAGCAAUAUUCUACAACUGUGGUCAUGGAGUCCACUUUGGCAGACUUCAUUCGGCCCGAGGGAUGGACACCAUGGGCUGGAGCAGCCUUCGAAGACACUCUUUAUUAUGCUGAGUACAAUAACCGUGGCCCUGGUGCUAGUCUCGAUAGGAGAGUUGACUGGAAGGGUUAUCACAAGAUCGAUAAAAACACUGCUAUGAGAUUCACGGCUCAAUCAUUCCUUUUGAGUCGUGAGAAUUGGUUGCCCCAAACUGGCAUUCCUUACAUAGCUGGUUUGAGAUCUUGA